AGCGAGAUGAAAUCUUAUGAUUGAGAGUUUUGAUGAAUUGAUUAAGGCGUUUAUUGUCAUCUAGGCGGGCUCUUAUUGGCAUAGUGCAAAACCUCUGUUUGUGAAAAUCAUCCCUCGAAAUCUGCAUAUUAUUACGAAGCAUUUGAUUUGAAUGAUUUCUCCCAAUCAACUUUCUGAUACAGACUGAACACAGGCGAAGCAAGAAGCCACAAACUUGCUGACGUAUUUUUUGUUUAUAAUGCUCUCGGGAAUGAGUUCUAUUCCCAUAAACCAUGGCCGAAAACCGUUAGUAAUAAAUUGAACGAUUGAAUAUCUGUCAUAUUAACGUACGUCAAACAAAGAGGAGGCGUCUUGUGAAAAAAUACGGUUUGUCAGGAUACUUGAUUUUGCCGAUGAUUAACAUCGGGAAGAGUGGAGAAAAGUUGUUAUCGUUCUCAAGAAAGUAAUGAAAGGUAAGAAAUCUUAUCUUUAGUUGAGAAAUCACACACGAUGACAGGGAAAGCUUGAUCGAAAUAUUUCACCGGCUAGACAGACAUGAAAAAUUCAUGCUCUUCCAACCGUUCAUAUAUUGUUCCUUUCAACAAUUUGGAUUUUUUUUUCAAUUUCUAUUUUCUAAUUUUCAAUCCACGUGUUACUAUUUUCAUUGAGAAAAUAAAAGAUGUGAUUUGUUUUCAAAGGAAAGCAAAACCAGCGGGGUUCAAUGUAUUUUUCAAAAUACAAAAUUUAAAUAUAAAUGUAUUUUUUAAUUUUCAUUUGACACCUUAUAAGGGUAGAUUUGAUAUUAUUUUUGCGAAUACUAUAUCAAAGCAUUCUGACAUGAGAUUGUGAGAUGACGUACUUUGUCUUUGGAAUGUAUUUUUAUAAAACACUUGACAAUAUAUAGCUUGUGUAUAGUACACACACAGUUGUAUAUAUUUUUUACUUUUUUUAACCCUUGACCUCGAUAUUAUAUUGCGGAAACGUUUCCAAUAUAUACGAGACAAACUAAAACAAUAUAUCACGGUUUUGAUUUAUGUAAAUAAUAUAGCUAGCCGCGUUCGUCAUAUUUGCCAAGUGUUCUUUGUUGAAGCAAGUUUCGUCUCAUUUCUAUAGCUUAUAUCAUUAAACCACGGGGCAGGUUUUUGUAAACAGCUUGUAAUGUAGCUAGGAAAGUGAGUUCACAUCAUAUGUGUUUAUGGCAACUAGCUUGAAAACUAAAGCGUUGCAGCUUCUGUAUAGACGAGUAAAUUUAUAUCCUUCGAAUCGUAAAGUUACGUAUAUAUAGGGCAGACCACUGGGUUGACAAAAUUAUUUUUAAAACUGAGUGAAUAUUGCGAUACGGACAACGGGACAAGUUCGAUGAAAAGGAUUUCAAAUACAUAUGGAAGUGUUAUUAUUUAAUUUUGGAUUACAUUGUAAAUUUCAAGAAUCAACUCUACCGAAAACGGUGAAGGAAAAACUGUUUUGAUUUAACUCCUUGAAAUUCAAGUGUAUGCAAUGAUUCGUAGAAAUCACCUCCCGAUUCACUGCUUUAUCAAAUUGAUUCUGUGUGACGACAUUCGACGAGGCAUUCGAGACAAAAUAUAAUUCACUAUAACAUUUCCUACAUUAACAUCUGGUUUCAUAUUAUGUACAUGGUUUGUACAUCUUACGGGUUCUAACGAAUAUUGCAACAAAUUAAGAAGAUUGCAACAAGCGAGAUGUUCUGAACAUCUCGUUACAAAGUUGUUACUCUCAACUUGGUUAAAUGUUGUAUGAUUGUAACCAAUAAUGAGUAUGGACCCCUACUCCCGAGUUAAGUUGAACGCUAAUUAUUUACAUAAUUAUUCUGUUCUGAAAUUUCUGGUUUGCCUCAAUGACCACAAAUCCUUUAAAUUCCCACAGAUAAACACAGAUCUACAUUGUGUAUAAUCCUCAUUAGAUUUAAAAUCUAAAAAUCAUCUACCAAUUUGGCAAUUAUUAUUUGCAUCUAAUUGCAUUUCGCGCGGCAAAAUAUCCUUGAUUCUAAUUGGCUAUUCCCUGUUGUAUCGAUUAAAUUGUUGUAAAUUCAUCGCAUAUUUUGGUAUCAAUGUAAUUUAGUGCACACUCAUUGAUGCACUAAACUAAAAUAUCAGAAAUCUAAUUUUUAUGUCAUUUGUUACAUUAGUAACUGGUAAUGAUGAUAAACCUUGAACAAUUAUAUAUCCCCAAAAUCUGAUCGUAUCGACGUGGGCAUGCAGUGAAGAUAAAUAGUAUUUGCAUUUUUCCUUACUGUUCGAACCCCUAGUUCGAAUGCUCAUAAAUAUUAACAUGCAGUCGAUGUAUGUUCUAACGAUCAGUAAUUUGCAACAUUAGCUGUUAUAUGUUACAUCUCAUUAAUAGUCGAUCAGAGAUAGUUAUAUAUCAAAUCAUCACUGUUGCAGUUAUACGAGGGAUUGGAGAAUGUGUUUUCUUGCUUGGCUGAGGUGAUGAAAAUUUGUCUGUGGAAUUUCUCACUCGGCUAAGUUAUAUAACCAUGACUAAUCGUAUUCAAGUGGAAAUAUAAUUGUGUAAUAUUGAAUUGCUGUCAAUAUGUCACAUGAAAGAGGGUAUAUAUAAUGCCAUAGCUCGAGUCAGAAGUAAGUAUAUACUGUACGGUGAAGACGAACACUCGUACAAAUUCAUUUAUGUUUUGCACCGCGCUUCGCUUGUUAAACUUAUUAUUAUUCAAAUGUACUCGAAAUACGCAGCAUUUUAUUGCUUACUAGAAAAUCUUAGAAUGUGUUUGAUAUGAAUUGCAAGCGGAAAAAAGACAAAGUACUUUACAACUAGUCAUGAAAUUUACAUAUAAAAAGUUUAUAUAUAGCUUAUAAAACUAUAUAGCUUAUACAUCAAUAUACCAAUAUUCCUUGCACCGUAUUGCUAAUUCACAGGUAUUGACUACGAGCUAACAUUUCUACUGAUUGUAUUUCCUGUGAAAAUUACAAUUUAAAUUUUGGAGACACGUAGACGUAUUUUAGAGAAGCAGAUGUUAUAGACAAUAUAUCGAGUUAUCAUUUCUCGCCUACACUGAUUAGUGACUCUCGCCCACGACCUAUGCCUGGUGUAGAGUGGUAAGUUUUCACAUGACGUCAAACUAGCUGUAUCGUUUAUAUUCAGCCAUCGUUUUGUAUCCUUCAUUUCCGCUUACAAAAUGGUGUCUAAAUUAAGAACUUGUUUUGACUAUUUGUCCAUCGUUUUUGGUUUUGAAUGCAACGCUAUUUUAUUACAUUGUUUAAUCUAUCGAAAGUUCUUUUUGAACCAAAACAUUUCAGCUACCGGCACUUAGUUUCAGGAAAAUUUGUUGCCUAGCUAUAUUUGCACUGAUUAUAAUAAUUUGCAUUGUUACCCGCUACUAUACAUAGUCAUAGACAUCAGGACGGCCUGGAGAAUUUUCUUUUGUUUGGCCUGAUUAUUUUCCAGUAAGUAUUAUGAAUUGAAUGUUGUCCUGUUCUCUGGAGGAACAAUUAAACUUUGUGAAUGCGUAUAUAGCCAUAGGAAAAUCCCUUCGAGACAAAGUAUUUUUAAGAUUCCAAUCCACUGAUUUUACCGACAAUAUCUGCAGUUUAGAAAUCGAGAAAUACUUUGAACUCAGGAUAAUCUUCUACUCAGAACUGAGAAACACUACGUUUCUGAUGAAAGUAUAUCAUCGUUACUUAUGAGAGUGUAAGUGCUUAAUGCUGCUGAAUGUGCAUGACCCAGAACUCCUGAACAUGUUGAACUUUUCAGAUUUUAUAAUCACAAAGAGACUUGCAGUUUUUGAGUGAUCAAAUUACUAUAGUUACCGUCUGUUAAAUUGAAAGGCAACUGUAUCACAGAGAAACCUUCAUAGCUUCGGGUUUUACGACUUCAGUCAAGUGAAUCCACAACAGCAGUCAUCACAAUGACAUGAGUCUGUGCCUGUGGCGAAAUUAUCCACAAAAACAUUGAAAUCCUUCCUCCACUGUUCAUAGAGGAAAGGAAAAGUGCUUAUUUUAUCUUUCUUUGUGAGAAAACGUUUGUUUCUUGUUGGUAAAGCUUUAACUUCGGUUUAGCGUUAAUUGAAGAUGAAUAGAUGUGUGUCACUUUCAUAACAAUUAGAGAUAUUCGAUUGUCUGGAUUAAUAAUUAAAAUUUGAUGGAACAAUUGUAGCAAUUAUAGUAUUGCAAAUGUGAGAAUAUUUGAUUCAUACAUGAUUUCUCAUUUAAAUUUUGCACUCAUUGAUGGCUGUUUCUAUUUUGCCUUUAACAAGUAAAGAUUUUUGUUUGAUAGUGUGAGGAAUUUAUUAAACUAUUUUUAUAUUACAGGCCCUGCAAUUGACAUAUAUUUUCUUCUAUGUUUUCAGUGGCGUUACUGGCUGGCUUGGCUGCGGGAAUUCCGUUAUGUUUCGUUGGCAUUGUAUGCGUGUUCUAUCGCUUGUAUUGCAAACGAGAUCGCAGGAAAGAUAACAUCAUCCUAGGACAAGGACGAAAACUUUGGAGGAAAAGUUACGAAGUGGUUGGCUCGUCACAUGAAAGUCUUGCCAUUCCAAAACAUGCUCCAAAAGUCGUUUCAAAGUUUGUCCAAGAUUCUCCACAGUUGAGUAGUACGUCAACAUCCACUCACAUCUCGGCACUUGAAGAUCAACUUUGUCUGACUGAAGAUGAUGAUGAUGACGACAAUUCGUCGCUUAGCAACUACAGAACCGCUCCUGACGAGGUUUACAGUCCCGAGUGUCCUUCGGUUGAGUCUCGGGACACAAUCGAGCUGAUAUCGUUAUCCCCCGUUAAAGCCUCGUAUAGUGCGGAAAACCGAUCUGACCAUAUCAUUGACAUCCCACUUCCACAAGAACCAAGAAAAAUACCAUCUAUCAGAGUCAUGGAUGAAAAUAAGGACGUCUUAUUUAAGUUAGAUGCUAAACCAAACUCUCUUCACAGCGAAAAACGUCGCGAAGAUAAGAUUCCUCUACAUUUGCCAUCCUCUGUGAUCCAAAGGAAUAGAUAUCACCCGUGUUCUAGUCCUGGCAUGAUUGAUGUGUCAAUACUGUAUAAACAAACUACCUGUGAACUCUUUCUUAAGGUGAGGAAAGGCUUGCACAAACCAGGAAACAUUGUUUCCUAGCCAUGUUUCCCGAAGGUGGACAAACCAGGAAACAUUGUUUCCUAGCCAUGUUUCCCAAAGGUGGACAAACCAGGAAAUAUUGUUUCCUAGCCAUGUUUCCCGAAGGUGGACAAACCAGGAAACAUUAUUUCCUAGCCAUGUUUCCCGAAGGUGGACAAACCAGGAAAUGUUGUUUCCUAGCCAUUUUUCCCAAAGGUGGACAAACAGGAAAUAUUGUUUCCUUGUGGUACUUGGGGGCAACUGUUUCCCUUGGUCCCAGUCAUUACGUAUUAAAUUUUAUCGCCGCGGCAUGCUAUAGCGGAAACAUCCAGAUUUCCACAGCAAAGUUUCCGCUAGCUAGUUGUCCAGGGUUUAAACCUACUAAGUAUUUUUAAGACUGAUAAUUCACUAUAUACUGCCAUCCUUGACCUUGUAUUUCAUUUAUUAUUUUUAUUAUAAUGUGAGUGAACUUUUAUCUUUCCCAAGGUGAACAGAGCAAUAGACUUGCCUGUGAAAGACUUAAGGAACAAUACAUCUUCUCCAUUCGUCAAACUAUACGUCCUUCCUUCACGUCGCUACAACUACGCUACAAAUAUAAUCUCAAAAUGUCUGAAUCCUGCAUUUGACGAUAGUUUCGCUAUCGGUGGUCUAACUCUGAUGGAAAUAUUACAACUAACUAUUCAAUUUCUUGUUAUUCAUCAUGAACCUAUACACAGAAAUAUAAUGAUAGGAGAACUAUUGUUACCACUUGUCAAUUACGAGUUUGUCGAUGAGGAACUCACUUUGUGUCAGCCAUUGAGGGAAUAUAAACCACAGCCGGUGAGUAAAACCAGCAACAGUCAAAUUUGGAUUUUAACUUUAGAUAAUUCACAUGUCUAGUUACUAUUGUUCUAGUUUACAGAAGCAUAGAAAAGAAGAAAGGUAACUAAGCUUUAGAGUUAUAUAUAAAAGUCAUUCACUCAUGUGGAUGAUUCACUCGUCUAAAACUUAGUUACCUUUGUUCUCUUCAGUGCUUCUGUAAACUAGAACAAUAGUAAAGCCCGUUCUCCACUAGGCGAAUUUGUUCGUAAAAAGUAGGAAUUGAUCCAACUUUUUCGCGGCGAAUUUUUUCGCUGACCAAUCACAUUGCCAAGAUUUGGUUUUCGCUUGUGGUUAACGGGCCUUGUGGUUAACGGGCUUAACUAGGCAUGUGAGCGAUCUAAAGUUGAGAAUUGGGUACAUGUUUGUCUAUAAGUUAACAUGGUAGAGAACUGUCUCGAUCUUUUGCAUUAAUUAAUUUCAUUAAAACUAUCAAAUCACUUUCAGGUUCUUGGAGAGCUGCUAGUGUCUGUGUGUCAUCAGCCUCUGGCCAGUAAGCUGUCUGUGACAGUUGUACAAGCUCGAAAUUUGCCCAAGAUUAGCAACUAUGGAAUUGGAGGUAAGAUUGUUCGAUUCCUUUACUCUGAAGGCACCAUAGUUCACAUCCAAGUCAUAGUCACGCUGAACCAGGUUAUAGCUGGGUUUGGGACAGUUGAUAGUGCUCACCUUCAGAAUUUUAAAUAAAUAAAUAAAUAAAUUGUUGACAAACUUAUAGAAUCAAGGAAAUUAAACUACAUCUCGCAUUUAUUUACCAGCGUCCAAUAUGAGUUGCUAGAAUUCCUUCUUUGUAAAACUUUUUGGCAGAUAAUAAAAUCUUAAACUUCGAAACACUUAUUUACAUUUUUUAGAUCCCUAUGUCAAAGUGGAAUUAUUUUUCAAUUCAAAACGACUUUGCAAGAAGAAAACGCGAACAAAAAAGAAGACAACCAACCCCCGUUUCGUUCAGACGUUUACAUUUGACCUGGAAGCUUCGUACAUUGUCUUAGAGUCUUUGAUCCUAGUCAUGACGAUACUAGUCAAGGAUCCAGGGGGGUGUCACGAGAAAGUAGGACAAGUAGUACUUAGUUCUCUCACGGCUGGUUCUGCUUUUGCCCAGUGGAAUGAAGUGAUACAAAAUCCGCACGUGCCUAUUGAGAAAUGGCAGAUGAUUCACGAGUGAUCUUCACGUGCACAAAGUCGACGUUCUGCCCUUCCUGCCUGUGGUUUAAAGGCAAAUUUGCGUCUUUUUAGGCCCGAGUUUCGCUGUCAAAGUUUUCGGUUUAUUUUACCGUUGGGAACGAAAUUGUCUAUUCACAUGUGAAACUGUCAUGAUUCUGACGAGGGUUUGAAGGAGCAUUCGGACAAUACGACUUAAAACUUUGCCAGUGUAAACUGCGGCUAUCUUAUGACAUCAUGUAGACAACGAGAAAUAAAAUAUUGAAAAUAAACUCCAUUAAAUAAUGUCAAUACGAAUGAUGAAUUGUAACUAUUUAAAUUAUUAUUAUUUUAGGAUAGUUAAAUUUAAUUGCAAAUUGAAUGUAUUAUUUUAAAUAUAUAUUAUGUUAUUUACCGGC